AUGGCGACCCCCGCCCCUAUGCACAACUUCACCACUCUCAUCAAGCGGCUUGAGGCUGCCACCUCCCGCUUGGAGGAUAUGGCCAUGGCGGUGGAAGGCCCCAGCUCACCAAAGAGCAUGGGCGUCUCUACACCUCCACCGCCGGCUCCUCCUGCACCCCCCAAGGCGGUUCCCGCACCAGCCGCUCCAGUAGCGGACCCAAUUCCGCUGCAGAUCCAAGACUUCGACGCACUGAUCAAGAACGAGGUCCAGAAAUUUGUGAGCCUGGGAGAGGAGAUCGGUGGAUUGGUCGCGGAGCAGUCGAAAGCAGUCCUGCAAGCGUUCCAAGCCGAGCGCACCUACCUCUACGUCUCGACAAAGGCCAAGAAGCCCGAGCCCCAGCCACCAGAGCUCAUGACGGAUCUGCACAAGGCCUCGGAUGGCAUUAACAACAUCCGGGAGUCCAACCGAGCGUCGCCGCUGUUCAACCACUUGAGCGCUGUUGCAGAGGGAAUCGUCGCCCUGGGAUGGUUCUUCGAGAUGAAGCCCGCGGCAUUUGUGCAGGAUAUGAUGGGUGGAAUCGAAUACUACGGCAACAAGGUGCUGAAAGAAUACAAGGAGAAGGAUCGUACGCACGUCGAGUACAUUCAAGCAUACUAUCAGAUCUUCAAGGGUCUCGCGGCUUACCUCUUGAAACACUACCCCAAGGCAGAUCAAGAGUGGAGGAGCUCCUCCAGCUGCUCCAGCUCCACCCGCUGCUGCAGGCGGCGUGCCUCCGCCGCCCCCUCCCCCCCUGUGCCAUCUCUCAACGUCUCUGGAGGUGGCGGCCCACCGCCUCCCCCUCCGCCGCCUGGAGCGGCAUCUGCACCGGACAUGGCGGCGGUGUUCGACCAGCUCAACCAAGGCGAGGGUAUCACAUCGAGCCUGCGCAAGGUCGACAAGUCGGAGAUGACGCACAAGAACCCCAGCCUGCGCGCGGGCUCGACGGCACCAGAGCGCUCGAGCUCAGUCCGGGGCAAGUCCCCUGCGCCGAGUAAGAAGCCCAAGCCCGAGAGCAUGCGGGCCCGCAAGCCGCCGCGCAAGGAGUUGGAGGGCAACAAGUGGCUGGUCGAGAACUUCGAUAACCCGGGCGAGAUCGUCGACAUCACGGCGCAGCAGAACCACUCGAUCCUGAUCUCCCGCUGCAACAAGACCAUCGUCAAGGUAUCGAACAAGGCCAACGCUAUCGCCAUCGACAACUGCAAUGGCCUUUCUAUCAUCGUUGACUCGCUCGUCAGCAGCCUCGACGUCAUCAAGUGCCCCAAAUUCGCGCUGCAGGUCGACGGCUUCGUCCCCACCAUUCUUAUGGACCAGGUCGAUGGCGCGACUAUCUAUCUGGGUCAGCAGAGUCUCACCACGGAGGUGUUCACUAGCAAGUGCGCCGCUGUCAAUAUUAUGCUCCCGCCCAAGGAGGGUACCGAUGAUGAUACGAAGGAGUGCCCUGUUCCUGAGCAGAUCAAGAGCUACGUCAAGGAUGGUGUGCUGGUCAAUGAGAUUGUCGAGCAUGCUGGGUAG